AUGGCUCUCUCCUCUCUCAACUUCUCUUUUCUAUUCUUCCUCCUCUUUACUCCUUCAAUUUUGUCAUAUUCGUCACUGACUUCGCUAAGCCCUAAUGAAAUCUCUGCAACAACUUUCUGCAAGAACACCCCACAUCCUGAAGCUUGUUUUCACUCCCUAAAACUAUCCCUCUCCAUUAACAUAAGCCCCAACAUUCUGUCUUUCAUCCUUCAAACCCUCAAAACAGCUUUAUCCGAAGCAGUAAAACUCACUGAUCUCCUUUCCGGCGCUGGAAUAUCCAACAACCUCAUGGAGGGCCAACGUGGCUCUCUUCAUGACUGCAAAGAUCUUCACCACAUCACUACUUCCUACUUGAAACGAUCACUCACAAAGAUCCAAGUUGGUGUUAAUAAUUCACGGAAGCUAACAGAUGCUAGAGCUUACCUUAGCGCGGCUCUCACUAACAAGAACACUUGCUUAGAAGGUCUUGAGUCAGCCUCUGGUCCACUAAAGCCAAAGCUCGUCACCUCCUUCACGACCACAUACGAACACAUAAGAAACUCUCUCUCAGCUCUUCCGAAACAGAAAAAAGGCACAAUUGACAAUAAGAUUAAGAAUCGCCGGUUACUUGGGUUAUUUCCCGACUGGGUCUCUCAGAAAGAUCGCCGUUUUUUAGAAGAUUCUGGAGACAGCGAUGACGAAUACGACCCGAGUGAGAUCCUCACAGUGGCUGCUGAUGGAACAGGAAAUUUUACAACCAUUAACGAGGCUAUAAGCUUCGCUCCAAAUAUGAGUAAUGAUAGGGUGUUGAUAUAUGUACGGGAAGGACAGUAUAAUGAAAACGUUGAGGUUCCGAGUUACAAGACCAAUAUUGUUCUGAUUGCGGUCUCAGGCGAAGGAUUCCUAGCGAGGGAUAUAACAGUAGUGAAUACAGCAGGACCGGAGAAGCACCAAGCGGUUGCAUUACGUGUGAAUGCAGAUUUUGUUGCCUUAUAUCGAUGUGUAAUUGAUGGUUACCAAGAUACACUUUACACCCACUCUUUCCGACAAUUCUACCGUGAAUGUGAUAUAUAUGGAACUAUUGAUUAUAUAUUUGGGAAUGCAGCCGUGGUUUUUCAAGGCUGCAACAUCGUUUCAAAGUUGCCUAUGCCUGGACAAUUCACAGUAGUUACAGCUCAAUCACGAGAUAGUCCAGACGAAGACACUGGGAUCUCGAUGCAGAAUUGCUCAAUCCUUGCAACCGAAGAUUUAUUUAACAGAUCAGGUAGAGUGAAAAGCUUUUUGGGACGUCCAUGGAGAGACUACUCGAGAACGGUCAUAAUGGAAUCUUUUAUUGAUGAGUUUAUCGACGGUUCGGGUUGGACCAAAUGGAACAGUGGUAAAGAAAUUGAAAACCUUUAUUAUGGCGAGUAUAAUAACAACGGGCCGGGUUCUGAAACAGGUAAGCGGGUCAACUGGUCGGGGUAUCACACAAUGGGUUACGAUGAUGCAUUUAAUUUUUCGGCAACUGAGUUUAUCACCGGCGAUGGUUGGUUAGGAAGUACUUCGUUCCCUUACGAUGAUGGAAUUUAA